UAAUAAUAAUAAAUAAAAUAAAAAAUCUAAAUAACUAAAACUUAGAAAGAGGAAUCUUAAAUUAAAAGUUUAAAAAAUAAAUUAAAUAAAUAAAGAAAUAUGGCAUCAAAAAUAGUAGCAAUUUCUACUGAAGCUCUAGAAGUAGGCAAGCGUAUUAAAAAGUCCAAAAAAAAAGUUAUUUGGCAAUUCACAAUUGACGAUAAGAGACAUACAAUUGAGCUUUUUGCUUCUUUUGCAUCAGGCAAGAGAAAAAUCCUCCACAACGGAAAGUUAGUGCAUGAUAAGAAACAAUUGAUUGAAAUGCUCGACUUUGCCAUGCCUAUCGGAAACAAUAUGCUUAAUAUUGUAUAGAAAGUAGAAAACUUUGAAAUGAGAAUUAACAAUACCCCUUUCAAUUAACUUUUCGGUGGACGCAGUAAAAGAGGAUUUGAUGAUUUAGAUAGCUCAUAUAAAAAGAAAGAUGAAAAAAAUGAAGAAAGUUUAGGAAUUCGCAGCAAUAAAAACCCAUUUGCACAAACAAUAAAUACAAAUUACACCGGUUUUGGAGCAAAAACACAACAAAAAAAGAAAGCAGAUUUUGGCGACUUUAAUGAUUUUUAGGGCAGUGGCAAUUAGCAAUAAGAUAACAGCGAAUUUGGAAAUGUUAAUGACUUCCACAACUUUAGUAACUUCGGAAACGCUAAUAGCAAUAAUAAUAAUAAUAACAAUAAUGGAUUUGGAGGUAACUGGGGAGGUUUCGGAAGCAGUUCAACUUAGAAUUAACAAUAAUAGAAUCAAUAGUAAAAGCCAUAACAAUAACCAUUAAAUAAUUUCAACAAUCUCUUGGACGAUGAUGAUGAUGUUCCUGUACCCUAAUAAAAUAUUUAGUAAACUGCAUAACAAAACAAAAGCUUCCAACCCUCUAAUUUACUUGAUUCAGAAGAUUCAGCUGAUGAGGAAGAAUAUUAUAAAAAAUAAUAGCAAUAACAAUAAGGAUUUUAGUAGAAUCAAUAGGGUUUACAACAAUAGCAAUAAGGAUUCUAAUAAUAAUAGCAACAGAACUUCCAAUAGUAAUAGGGUUUCCAAUAAUAGUAGGGAUUCUAGCAAUAAUAGCAACCACAAGCAGUAUAAUAAUAGCUUUAAUAGCAACAACCACCUCAAGCUCCAAAAUAAGAAGAAAAGAAGGCUGAUCUUUUGAGUUUGUACAACAAUAACAGCAAUUAGAACGCUUAAUAGUACGGAUUAUAAAAGUAAAAUUAAUUUCUUCUUAGCUAAAUAUUUAUUUCCAAUAAAAAUCCUACUAAUUAAUCGAUUGAUUAUUUUAAAAAUAAAUAUUUGAUUUCAAAUAUUUAAAAUUAAAUUAAUUUCAAGCAGAAGUAUUCAAUUAAAAAAUAACAAGAACUUUUUUAAAAAAAUAUUAUUUAAUUAAUUUAUUUAAAUCAAAUAAAAGUGUUUCACUCUUAUUUAUUAUUUUUCAAAAAUUAAUAGUUUAAAUCAGCUCUAAGGAGGAAAUGCCUAGCAAAAUAAUGGAAUUAAUACUAUGAAUCAAGGCGGAUAUAGUAUGCAAAAUAAUGGUAUGAACCAAGGAGGUUAUGGAAUGUAGAAUAUGAAUUAAGGUGGUUAUGGAAUGCAAAACACAAAUCAAUACGGUCAAUAAAAUAUGAAUCAAGGUGGUUUUGCCUAAUAAAAUAUGAAUUAAGCUGGUGGAUAUGGUCAAUAAAACUUGAAUUAAGUAGGUUUCGCUUAAUAAAAUAUGAAUUAAGUUGGCUAUGGAUAGUAAAAUAUAAAUUAAGGAGGUUAUGGAAUGUAAAACAAUAUGAAUUAAUAACCAAAUAGCAACAAUUAUAUGAACAAUUAAGGAGGAUUUGGAGCUACACAAAUGUAAGGUGCUUAUGGUAUGAAUAACAUGUAACAACAAUAAAGAAUGGGGGGAAAUCCCUAAAAUACUUAAGUCUAAAUGGCUGGUGGUUUCAACUAUAACUAAGCAGGUCAAAUUGGAGGUGCUCAACAAUUCGGAUAAUAAAACGGAGGUUUUGGCUAACCCUAAUAAUUAUAAUAGUAACCAUAAUAAACUGGAUUUAAUUAAGUAAAUUAACAAGCUCCUAAUAACUUUAAUAAUAAAAAUGCACCUUCAAAAUAACCUCUUGA